CAAACUUGACAUCAGCCUCAGAGCCGAGAAUGGUAACUUGUGUCGGAACAGAAGCCCUCACAUGAGUGGCAUGCUUCAUGGAGUUAUGUACCUUGAUUUGCCCCCUCAACUGCUAUCAUGGAUUCCAAAACCUUAAUACUUUUCCUUUUUCUCUUCACGUAUAUUUCCAGCGCAGAAUUCAUUAUUCAUCCGUCCAAUGAAGUUAACCUGUUGAACUCCAAAGCAAGCCAAGGGGAGCUGGGCUGGAUAUCAUCCCCAUCCCAUGGGUGGGAGGAAAUUAGCGGCGUGGAUGAGCACUACACACCCAUCCGGACCUUCCAGGUGUGCAACGUGAUGGAAUACAGCCAGAACAACUGGUUGAGGACCAACUGGAUUCCUCGCAAUUCGGCGCAGAAGAUCUAUGUGGAGCUCAAGUUUACCCUGAGAGACUGCAACAGUAUUCCCAUGGUCCUCACCUGCAAGGAGACGUUCAACUUACACUACCUGGAGACUGAUGAAGACCAGGGAAGUAAGUUUCGCGAGCACCAGUUCUCCAAAAUAGACACCAUCGCCGCCGAUGAGAGUUUUACUCAGAUGGACUUGGGCGACCGAAUCUUAAAGUUAAACACAGAGGUCCGUGAAGUGGGGCCCAUGACUAAGAAGGGCUUUUACCUGGCUUUCCAGGACGUGGGAGCCUGUGUGGCCCUAGUUUCGGUGCGGGUGUACUUUAAAAAAUGCCCUUUCACUGUGAGGAACCUGGCAAUGUUUCCCGAUACGGUACCCACGGACUCUCAGUCGCUCGUGGAGGUUAGAGGCUCAUGCGUCAACCAUUCCAGAGAGGAGGAUCCGCCAAAAAUGUACUGCAGUACCGAGGGAGAGUGGCUGGUGCCUAUUGGGAAAUGCCUGUGCAACAUAGGAUACGAAGAAUGGGGAGUCGCUUGCCAAGCCUGCCGGCCCGGCUUCUAUAAGGCCUCUUCUGGGAACGUCAAGUGCUCCAAGUGUCCGCCGCACAGCUACACACACCAGGAGGGAGCCACGCACUGUGACUGCGAGAAAAACUACUUCCGUGCAGGAGAGGACCCCGUCUCCAUGGCCUGCUCUCGACCUCCAUCUGCCCCACGCAAUGUGAUCUCUGCCAUUAAUGAGACAUCAGUGAUUCUAGACUGGACCUUGCCGGCUGACAGCGGAGGCAGGAAGGACGUGAUAUUUAACGUGGUCUGUAAGCGUUGUUGGCCGGGUCCCAGGCAGUGUGAACCCUGUCGAGGGGCCGUGCGCUUCUUGCCCCGUGCCACCGGCCUCACUAACACAACAGUAACCGUGGUGGACCUCCUGGCACACACCAACUACACCUUUGAGAUCGAGGCCCAAAAUGGAGUGUCCUCCCUGGCACCCACGGUCCGGCAGUAUGCUGCGGUCAUCAUCACUACAAACCAAGCAGCUCCAUCUGCAGUGACUGUCAUCAGGAAGGACCGAACGUCCAGAAACAGCAUCUCACUGUCAUGGAUGGAGCCAGAGAGACCCAACGGGAUCAUUUUGGACUACGAGGUCAAAUAUUAUGAGAAGCAGGAACAAGAGACCAGCUAUACCAUCCUGAGGUCAAAGGGCACAAACGUUACACUGAACGGACUAAAACCCGACACGAUCUACCUGCUUCAGAUCAGAGCGCGCACCGCAGCCGGAUACGGCGGUAGCAGUCGCAAGUUUGAGUUUGAGACCAGUCCAGACUCCUUUUCCAUCUCCAGUGAGAACAGUCAGGUGGUGCUGAUCGCUGUCUCCUCCGCCGUGGCCAUCAUCCUCCUCACUGUGGUGCUCUACAUUGUGAUAAGCAGGUUUUGUAGAUAUAGCAAGUCCAAACAUCCAGAUGAGAAGAGGCUGCCCUUUGGCAACGGCCACUUGCGACUGCCUGGCAUCAAGACCUACGUGGACCCGCACACUUACGAAGACCCGAGUCAAGCCGUGCACGAAUUCGCCAAGGAACUGGAAGCAUCCUGUAUCGCCAUCGACAAAGUGGUUGGGGCAGGGGAGUUUGGAGAGGUGUGCAGCGGCCGACUGAAGCUGCCGUCUAAGAAGGAGAUCUGUGUGGCCAUCAAGACGCUCAAAGCCGGGUACACAGAGAAGCAGAGGCGGGGCUUCCUCAGUGAAGCGAGCAUCAUGGGACAGUUCGACCACCCCAACAUCAUCAGGUUGGAGGGUGUAGUCACACGCAGUAAACCCGUGAUGAUAGUGACCGAGUACAUGGAGAACGGCUCUUUGGACGGCUUCCUGCGAAAACACGACGCCCAGUUCACAGUGAUUCAGCUGGUGGGCAUGCUACGUGGCAUCGCAUCUGGUAUGAAGUAUCUGUCGGAUAUGGGUUACGUGCACAGAGAUUUGGCCGCUCGGAACAUCCUGGUCAACAGCAACCUGGUGUGCAAAGUGUCAGACUUCGGCUUGUCCCGAGUGCUGGAGGACGACCCGGAAGCCGCCUACACCACGAGAGGUGGCAAGAUUCCAAUCCGAUGGACCGCGCCAGAGGCCAUCGCCUAUCGCAAGUUCACCUCGGCCAGUGACGUAUGGAGCUACGGGAUUGUCCUAUGGGAGGUCAUGUCUUAUGGAGAAAGACCUUAUUGGGAGAUGUCCAAUCAGGACGUGAUAAAAGCGGUAGAUGAGGGCUACCGUCUUCCCCCGCCCAUGGAAUGCCCUGCCACGCUUUACCAGCUGAUGCUAGACUGCUGGCAGAAGGACCGAAACAACCGGCCCAAAUUUGAGCAGAUUGUCAGCAUCCUGGACAAACUCAUCCGUAACCCCAGCAGUCUCAAAAUCACAGCCAGCACCACAUCCAGACCGGUGAAUCUGCUUCUGGACAGAACCAGCACUGACAUCACUUCUUUUAACACAAUGGGUGAUUGGUUGGAGAGUGCGAGGACGUUACCCUGUAAAGAUGCAUUCAGUGGGGUCAGCUACAGCUCCUGUGAUACACUGGCCAAAACCUCAGCAGAAAUCUGUCUGACUGAAGUCAGACCAGCAGCCACGUGCCCUGAGUGGGAGCCAUCCAUGGGAAUCACAACACUUUAAAGCUUAUAGACUGGACGGGACUUCAAGAAAGUCGGUGUGACGAUCGUUGGACCUCAGAAGAAGAUCGUGAGCAGUCUAACAACACUUGAAACACACUCAAAGAACGGUCCAGUUCCUGUGUAAAAUAAAAAAAACGAGCGACGGAAAUGAAAGACACCUAAACGAGAUUGAUGCUGCUUUGGCUUUAACAGACAGGAAGUAGAUUUUAAACGAAAAGAGGAAGUGGAACUACAAUUCUUGAACACAUGUGCGAAGCAGAACAACCUUCCUGGAGAAAGAUCACGUCUACCCGGGCACGAGGGGCAAAGACGAUGAGCGUGUCUCUCAGCCAUUAUCGGCGAGAGAUGCGGAGGAGCGUGGGCCUCGUGUUUAGGAGUCUACGGUCAUGCCGCAUGACUCCCCCUAGAGGACGGGAGCCGGUCCGAUCUGAACGGAUUUAACGAAGAGCUCUUCACAUGUGGCAGGGGAGCAUUAAAAAGCCUUCAGGAAAAUCUUUGCAUAAGCAUCCGUCUUCCUUUUGGAAGGUAGCACUUCAGAGAGGCAAUAGCUUGCACCCCACAGUUUUGGUGGUUUCUUGUAGAAAAGCCCCCUUUAUUAAUUCUUCUGAAGAACGGCAGGAGAAAUACAGACGGUUACUGUUAGAGCAAUCUGGUGAUGCUUCUUAGGAUCUGACACGUUUGGCUAUAUAUUUGAUAAUUGACCAUUAAUCUGCGAGUGCAGAGAGCCAUUCUCCAGAAUCAGGGAUGGAGGAGUGGAAACCUUGGGUAAACAUGCCAUUUUAAAGGCUUAUUUGUUGAUGUAGCCCAUGACACAUCUUUGUUUGCACCACUGUGUUCAGAUGAUAUGUGAAUUCAUUAUCAAAUAAAAACAGUACAAUAUAAAGGAAUAAACUGUUUAUUAGAAUCGGUAACAGUCAUAAUGCAUCAAAUGAGAAAAGCAGACCGAAUAGAGUAAUGAUGUGUUUUGCAGGCCAACCCAAAUGUUGGUAUCACCGAUAGGACUUUGUUAUUGGUUUUUGGAUUAUUGCCGAAAAUAGACUCUUUCACUUCCAGAGCUUAUUUUAGGCGUUUAACCGAAAGUCCAUUCACAAAAUCCAUUGAAGAUGGAAGCGGAAAUACAAAAAUGUGAACUUUUUGACCUGCGAAUAUAUGUCAUCCUUCCAACUCUCUAUACCAGCAGGAUUUGGACUCAGAAGUCUCAGAUACGAUGUAUGUGAGGUACAUGGGCUGUGAAGGAAAUAAAAUACUAGCUUACUA